GCUGUGCCUGCUGAGCUAAAUCCCCAGCCCCCAGGUAAGUGUUUUUUAAAGAAACAUAGUAUCAGCAGCACCUGGAAAGCGCCCGCGCCAGUUGGGGCAGGCGUGGCGGUUGCGACGGAGGGCGGUGGCGGGCGGAGUCACAGCCCCCGAAUCUCGUACAACUCUCCCUGGAUCACUUCCGGUUACCGGCCCGCGUCUCGCAACUUCGGUUCUGGUGUCCUCGGCCCGGGCUGCCCCUUGGCUUGCCCCGGCCUCCCGUCGCGAUCUGGCUUGAGCUGCUCGGGGUGGGAGACCUGGAAGCGUUAGCCUAGCUGUUCUCGAGGCGGAGUAAUUAGCCCAAGAAACAUUAUAUUCAUAUUUCUGGAUAUGCCACAAAAGGAUCCGUGCCAGAAACAAGCCUGUGAAAUACAGAAAUGUUUACAAGCCAACAAUUACAUGGAAUCGAAGUGUCAAGCUGUCAUUCAAGCACUGCGUAAGUGUUGUGCUCGAUAUCCCAAGGGAAGAUCUCCUGUCUGCUCAGGAUUUGAAAAAGACGAAAAGCUGACACUGAAGGCUCCAUCAGAGUGAAGUUCUGCUGAGAAGUUAAAUGCUGUUUCAUUUCCACCAAGAACAUUUUGUUUAUCCUCCUGACUUCUUUCAGGCCAGGUAGCAGCAAAUAGCAAUUGAAAAAGUCAACUACAAGAGUUAAUGAAUAUGCCAUCUAUGCAGAAUACAGAAACAGAAAUGUAUUAAAAGAAAAAUAUGUAGAAUGUAAAAACUGAGCUGCUAAAAUAAAGCUGUUUAAAUGAAAAAAAAAAAAAAA